CAACAGCCUAGAAAGAGGCGCAGAUCAAUGACAGAGGCCGAUCGACGUGCCGUACGGCGAUGGAAGCAAGCAAAUCCAAAGGCUAUACGCGAGGACGUAAUCAAGUGGUUUGAUCAAGAGUUCCACUACAAGAUUGGCCAGCAAACAGUCUCGACUACCUUGAGUACCAAAUACGAUUAUCUCGAUUACGAUACACGAAACGGUCGAUAACUUACUGCCGCGCGCGCAAGCAAGCCAGAGUGGCCUGCUCUCGAAUUUGUCUUAUUUGAAUGGCUACAGAGGUUACAAAAAUACAAGGC